AAGGGGCUGCCUAGGAGCCGCGCGAGCCUCCAACAGAAGCGCGCCGCUUCACCCUCUGCUCUCCCUACUCCGCCCUCCGCAGCCCUCCACAGUCACCCCGGAGACCGGUCGUGUUAAACUCUCCGACCUGAAGCUGACUGACUUCCAUGGCAGCCGCGAAGAAAGCAGUUUUGGGGCCAUUGGUGGGAGCAGUGGACCAGGGUACCAGCUCAACACGUUUCUUGGUUUUCAAUUCAAAAACAGCUGAACUUCUUAGUCAUCAUCAAGUAGAAAUCAAACAGGAAUUCCCAAGAGAAGGAUGGGUAGAACAAGACCCGAAGGAAAUCCUGCAGUCUGUUUAUGAGUGUAUAGAGAAAACGUGUGAAAAACUUGGACAGCUCAAUAUUGACAUUUCCAACAUCAAAGCCAUUGGUGUCAGCAACCAGAGGGAAACCACGGUGGUCUGGGACAAGCUAACUGGAGAGCCUCUCUACAAUGCCGUGGCUGCUCCAGUUUCUCCUGGCUCUUCAGUUCCAGUUGCCGUUGUCCCCUCUGGCUCUCCAGUUCCAGCUGCUGGUUCUUCCUCAGUGUGGCUCGACCUAAGAACCCAGUCUACCGUUGAGAACCUUAGUAAAAGAAUUCCAGGAAAUAAUAACUUUGUCAAGUCCAAGACAGGCCUUCCGCUUAGCACGUACUUCAGUGCAGUGAAACUUCGCUGGCUCCUCGACAACGUGAGAAAGGUUCAAAAGGCUGUUGAAGAAAAUAGAGCUCUUUUUGGGACCAUUGAUUCAUGGCUCAUUUGGAGUUUGACAGGAGGAAUCAAUGGGGGUGUCCACUGUACAGAUGUAACAAAUGCAAGCAGGACGAUGCUUUUUAACAUUCAUUCUUUGGAAUGGGAUAAAGAGCUCUGCGAAUUUUUUGAAAUUCCAAUGGAAAUUCUUCCCAAUGUCCGGAGUUCUUCUGAGAUCUAUGGCCUAAUGAAAGCUGGGGCCUUGGAAGGUGUGCCGAUAUCUGGGUGUUUGGGGGACCAGUCUGCUGCUCUGGUAGGACAAAUGUGCUUCCAGGAUGGACAGGCCAAAAACACGUAUGGAACAGGGUGCUUCUUACUGUGUAACACAGGACAUAAGUGUGUUUUUUCUGAACAUGGCCUUUUGACCACUGUGGCUUAUAAACUCGGCAGAGACAAGCCUGUGUAUUAUGCAUUGGAAGGUUCUGUAGCUAUAGCUGGUGCUGUAAUCCGCUGGCUAAGAGACAACCUUGGAAUUAUUAAGUCCUCAGAGGAAAUUGAAAAACUUGCUAAAGAAGUAGGUACUUCUUAUGGGUGCUACUUUGUUCCAGCAUUUUCAGGGUUAUACGCACCUUAUUGGGAGCCCAGUGCAAGAGGGAUCAUCUGUGGACUCACUCAGUUCACCAAUAAAUGUCAUAUUGCUUUUGCUGCAUUAGAAGCCGUUUGUUUCCAAACCCGAGAGAUUUUGGAUGCCAUGAACCGCGACUGUGGAAUUCCACUCAGUCAUUUGCAGGUAGAUGGAGGAAUGACCAGCAAUAAAAUUCUUAUGCAGCUACAAGCAGACAUUCUGUAUAUUCCAGUAGUGAAACCAUCCAUGCCCGAAACGACUGCUUUAGGAGCUGCCAUGGCAGCUGGAGCUGCAGAGGGUGUUGGUGUUUGGAGUCUCGAACCUGAGGUGUCAGCUGUAACAAUGGAGCGGUUUGAACCUCAGAUCAAUGCUGAAGAAAGUGAAAUCCGUUACUCCACCUGGAAGAAAGCUGUGAUGAAGUCAAUUGGUUGGGUUACAACUCAGUCUCCAGAAAGUGGUAUCCCAUAAAUAAUACCACCUCAUGGAUUCCCAAGAUGCAAGCUUUUUAUAUAAUGAGAAAAUCUGACAUUUCUGUCUCAUAAUGUAAUGACGUUAUUCAUAGCCUCUGAUUUUUUUCAUAAACCACUUGCUGCAUGAUCCUCCAAGUAGACCUAUGGCUUGAAAUAAAGAAAAUGCAGCGGAAAGGAUGCUCCAGAAACAUUUAGUGUUGUUGUUUAACGUUGACAGACAGUUAAGGUUGGGCCAGUUACCUUUGGGGCUGAGCCCUCCAUUGUAAUCCUGUGAUAUUCCCUCUAAGGUCUAGGACGAGUUCAUAUCCUGUCCAUUGGAAUCUGUCAUCCAGUAUAUUCAGAUGCUAGUGGACCGGGAUUUGAUCCUCUUCACGGCAGAUGUCUGAGGAAGGGGCUGCUAUUAACUUCUUCACAAUGAGUGGCUUUUUGCUUGUUUGUUUUUAACAGAUCAAAUGUCUUCUUUUCUACAUAUUAGAAGACCACAACAUCACUGAAUAUUUCAAUGGAAACAUCUAAGGAAUUAUUAAAUAAUAAUUUGCUGUUCUGAUAACUUGAACAUUUUCUGAACAGUGUUGCCAAAAUUAAAAAUUUUGGGGUGUUUUACACUGUCUCACUAAUUAUCAUGGAUUUCUGUCUGAAUCUUACAGAAUAGAACACUUUCUUUUUCUGGUUAUUUUUUUUUCAUCUCUCCUUUUUAUAUUUUUUAUUCUGUACGUAUAACAUACAUGCCUAUAUAUUUUAUAUACUGAGGAUAGCCCAUUUCUAAAUUAAGAGCACAGUAUAUGCAGUAAGUUAUAACAGGGCUGCUCUUAAGUGGACUACUAUGUAUAUAAAUCUGGGAGAGGGACAAGCUGUAUACAUUUUGGGGCGAUGGUUAUGAAUAUUAUUUACCAGGAGAAAAUUUUUCUUAUAAAAUACAUUUGAAAUUAAGUAUAUAUUCAAUUUCAAUAAAAUAAAAUGUACUAUAUUGUGAUUUCAACUAUAUUUCUUAUACUGUACCACUUAGUUAUCUCAGCUGGAAGGAAAAGCAGCUGUGGCGUGUAACAGUGAAUACUGUUCUCAAACAUGAGUGCUAGUCCAAAGAAAAUUUUGCCUUCGAAUUGGUGUUUUCCAUAUUUCAGACCCUAUGGGGAAUUAUCAUAAAUUUACAAAACUAACUAGAAAGAAUGUGUGAAUAAAGUCAAUAAUCUCUUUCAAAUGUUAUUACCUGUUAACAAGAUGUUCUUGUUUUCUGGUAUGAUAGAGAACCAUGUCUCUUUAAUGCCAUAACUGACAAAAAUUGUCAUUGCAAAUGCCUCGCAGUCAAAUCAGGAACCUUGCAAAUAUUUUGAAUUAUUUCUUAUAACUCGCUAAUUUAACUUCCUAACAUCAGGUUUUAAAAACAUAUGUGUUUUGUAGUAAAGCAAUAAUAUACUAAGAAAAUAAUGCUGCCUAAUUAUUUUAUUUUAUCAGUUUGGAAUGGAAAAUAUUGAUAUAUUAAUAGAAAAAGGUUUAUUUGAAGUUGAUGGUAGAUUAUAUUUACUGUUCUGAUUAUGCUGUUCCUAAUUAUUGAAUCUUCUCUGUUUUGCUGAUAUGGCUGCCACCUAAGUGGCAUAAAUCUCGAAAGGUACUGUGAAAUUAUUACGGCAGUGAUACUUUUAGACCUGGCUUACUUCUAUAAAGGCAGGUUGAGCUGAUUGUAAAUAAUUGUGCAAAUCUCUGUUCAAUAAUUUUAAGAUAACAUUGAUUUUUUACAAAAUGCAAGAUUUAUAAGUGUUUGAAAUUGUACCCAUUGAUAAUUAAUGGUAAAUUUACUUAAAAUAAAUUCACCCCUUAUUUCUUA